GUCGGGGCGGCCGUGGCAGGAGCGGGAUGUUGAACCUACCUUCUCCGGCUUUUCCUGCCCCUGCCUCCCAGCAGCGGGUGGCCCUGGCAGGACGCAGCAAGGUACCUUUGAAACCAGGGCGAAGUCUUAUGGACUGGAUUCGGUUAACUAAAAGUGGGAAAGAUCUAACUGGUCUAAAAGGAAGAUUAAUAGAGGUGACUGAAGAAGAACUUGCCAAGCAUAAUAACAAGCAUGACUGCUGGAUAUGUAUAAGAGGUCUUGUAUAUAACGUCACACCAUACAUGGAAUAUCACCCUGGUGGUGAAGAUGAGUUAAUGAAAGCAGCAGGAGCUGAUGGCACAGAUCUGUUUGAUCAGGUUCAUCGCUGGGUUAAUUAUGAAUCAAUGCUGAAAGAGUGUAUGGUUGGAAGAAUGGCACUCAAACCUCUUGCGACUGCUCUGAAAGAGACUUGUCCCACUGUACCUGAAGAAAACAGGAUCUUAAAUGGUAUGUUUCCUAAAAAAAUGGACAACUGUUCAAAAGAGGUAGUUCCCAGUUAUGAUUGGUUCCAGACAGACGGUUUAGUCACUGUGGUCAUAUACACUAAACAAAAGGAUAUGAACUCUGAAUUGGUGAUAGCUGAUCUUCAGGAAGGUAAACUGAGAGGAGAGAUCCUUGUGAAAGACUACUCAUACCUUUUAUAUGUUGAACUGAGUCAUGCAGUUCAUGAGGAUAUGGUAGUGCAGGUCUCUGAAAAAGUGGGGAAGGUGGAACUUGUCCUAAGGAAGAAAGGAACUUUGUCUUGGAAGACACUUGGGCAGCCGCUGGAGAGUCAUAACUCUUUUGUCAAGCGCACAGACAGAGGUCUAUACUACAGAAAAUGCAGAUUGCUAUCGAAGACAAAUGUCAGUCAUGACACUAGGCUCUUUUCUUUGAUGUUACCACCAGGAACUCAUCUCCAGGUUCCAGUUGGGUACCACGUUUACCUCAGACAAACCAUUACAGGCACAGAGAUAGUGAAGCCAUAUACUCCCGUGUCGUCUUCCUUGGUAUCAACAUUCAAAAAACCCUCUCAAAAUGAUAAGGCACAUAUAUUUUUCAUGAUCAAAAUUUACCCCAGUGGGCUAUUCACACCAGUACUUGACACUCUGGAAAUAGGGGAGUAUAUUUUUCUGAGUAACCCCGAGGGUAACUUUAUGACAUCGCAAAUUCAGAAUGUGGAAGAUCUAUUUUUAUUGGCAGGAGGCACAGGGUUCACACCAAUGGUUAAAUUGCUAAACUACGCGUUGACUAGUAGCAGUAGUCUCAGGGCAGUGAAACUGAUAUUCUUCAACAAAACGGAAGAUGACAUACUGUGGAGAAAUCAGCUGGAGCAAUUAGCCCUUAGUGAUGCGAGGUUUGACAUUCAGUUUGUUCUCUCGGAGCCAAAAAAAGAAUGGACAGGAAAACAAGGAAAAAUUUCUUCCUCUCUUCUUUCUCAAUUUGUGAAAAGAAGUAAAUGUGAUUCUAAGAUGCUCAUAUGUAUCUGUGGUCCAUUACCAUUCAUGGAACAAGGAAUACAGUAUCUUCAAGAUCUUGGGCAGUCCUGUCAAGAAAUACAUUGUUUUACAGCCUAAACAAACAUUUAGGACCCCAGUUUGCACAGUUGACAGACAUAUUUAUUUUUUUAUUCGGAUUCUGAGAGGAAAAUGUUAUGCAUGAAUAACAUGUUCUUUUUAUGUAAUUACUUGAAUCCUGUCAUCUUUGGGGCGGGGAUAAUUUUAUAUUCCGCUGCUUUGAAAUUGUAUUUAUUUUUGUUACUAUGUAAGACUUAACUACAAUAUUCUAGAAGUAAAUAAAUUAGUACAAUUCAUGAUUGUGUUGAGCAGAUAUAUAAACUCUGACCAUCAGGUAAGAUCGAGUAGCAUCCUUUUGCACUGAUUACUUUAGCUAUAUAAGCACCAGGAACCUUUUCUUAAAUUAUAACUUUAUUACUAUAAAACAGUGGUGGGCAACUUCUGGCCUUCCAGAUAUUUUGGCUUACAACUCCCAUCAGCCCUAACCAGCAUAGGCUCUUGACAGCUGUAGGCCAAAACAUCUGGAGGGCUACAGGUUGCCCACCCCCUGCCAUAAAACAUCUGUUGAUAGUAUGAAGUUAUAUGUUACAUGGUUAACUCAGGAAAACGAUUGGUUUCAGUACAAUCUUACUAAUAUCAUAAAGCUGUAGUAUUGUUAAUAAGUGUGUGUUCUUAUACAUAGAAUAUCAGUUUUAUAUACUAAAUUAAUUUUUGUAUAAGUCUAAUAAAAAGAAG